GCAUCCUUUUCCACCAUCUCCCACUUUUUUUUUUUUUGUGUUGUUGCAGUAGAAAGGGAUCGUGAGGUUGCUGCUGCAAGUGAUGUGAUGAACGGAGCUGUUGCUGCUGCAAGUGAUGUGAUGUCAGAUCGUGGGAUUGCUGCUGCUGCUGCUGCUGGUUUUGGACGGCGCUGCUGCUGCUGGAACGGCACGGAGCUGUUGCGGACUUGUGGGAAAGAUACGGAGCUGCUGCUGCGGGUUUUGGAAUGGGCCGAACUGCUGCAGAUUUUGGACGAAGCUUCUACUGCGGGAACGGCGCGCGGUGAUGGUAGUGUGCUUGAGUGAAGAUAACCAAAAAAAGAACCCGAAACGAACGGUAACAAAAGAACCCGAAACAAAAGAAAGCACGGUGGAACAGACAGAGUCCAAAUUCGAUCUCCGCUCUGAUACCAAGUCAGAAAGAAGGUGGGAAUUCAAUUAUAUCAUUUUUACUCCACGAACAGAGUAUAUAUACAUCAAGUCCUAUUACAAAAGAAUAAUAUUCCUAAUAUAAUGGCAUGAUUUAAGCCAGUAUUCCAGCAUUGUCGGCCAUCCAACAUUUCAGGGUUGUCAGCCAUCUUUUGUCGGUAUGACUCACGCCAACACCUCCUUGCUUCUUUGACAGCAAGACGAUAUAGAAGACAGAUGCAAUUGCUUCCUCCUUUGUUCGUUAACAGCAAGGUUGUGAGGGUGGAAAGUUUAGCUGCCAUGUUCUUCAUUUCCUUUCUGACCGUGAGGAUGUGUCAAGAGAAAGAGAGCACAUGAUAGAAAAGAGGAAGACCAAAAGUGAACCUGCAAUGUUCAUUCUUAAAAAGCAUGCCUCCCACCUUCUCCUCUUUUCGAUCUUGGUCUUGUCGGCAAGGUUUCACAUCAACCCAUAUAUAAACAAUUAAUCAAAUUUUACCAUUAUGAUUAAAUAAUAUUUUGGACAUCACAUAGAGUAGAGUUUUGAGGUUGUUGGAAUGCCAACACUUUUCAUAUUUACAAAGUGCUUCUCUUUUCAAGUGCUUUUGGGGUUGUGGAGGUGUUUGAACUUUGAAGGAAAAUGGAGCGGUGGAUUGAGCACUACUCUAGCUCACAGCAGAUACUGCUGGUUGGGGAAGGCGACUUCUCAUUCUCUGCCUGCUUGGCUCGAGCUUUUGGUUGCGCUCCUAACAUGGUCGCUACUUCUCUCGACUCCCAAGAAUCUCUGUGGGAAAAGCAUUGGAGCUGUGUGUCACACUUGGAUGAGUUGAGGGGGAGAGGAUGCCUAGUGUUGCAUGAUGUGAAUGUGCAUGACAUGGACCUCCAUUACAUCCUGAAAUGGAAGAAAUUUGAUGUUAUCAUCUUCAACUUUCCUCAUGCAGGGCAUUACCCUUGGCUCCGAGAGAGAGAUAAUCAGCUCAUUCAGAUGCACAGGCAAUUGCUUAGUGGGUUUUUUGCAAGCGCCCGAGUGGUGCUUCGCUCUGGUGGUCAAAUUCAUGUGACAACCAGGGAUGACUACCCAUAUAACAUAUGGAAUGUGGAGGAACUUGCCGCUCAAGCAGGCCUGGUUUUGAGAGAGAAAGUGUGGUUCGAAAAGUCUGACUACCCUGGCUAUCACAAUAAGAGAGGCGGUGGCAUUGACAGCAACAAGAAAUUUCCACUGGGAGAGAGCUACACCUUCAAGUUUGUAGCUAAAACUUAUUAUAUGUAUUAGUUUGGACUUAGCACUGAUGUUCUUCUGAAGUAACAGACUUAAGGUGGUGCACUUAGGCCUAUGGAGAGAGGAACAUGUUUUGCUUGCUCUGAGUUGACUCUAUGGUAGGGUAUUCUGACUAGUUGUUUCUGUGCAUAUGGAUUUGCUCCUGAUAUGAACCAUAUCAGGAGUAAGCAGCAAUCAGCGAGCUGUGAAUCUGUCAAGAGCACAUGUUUUGUGCAUAUGACUUAGUUAAUGCUAAUGCAGGUGUAGUUCUCCUGCGGACUAGUCUGGGUUUAAGUACAUGAUCUAUACGGCAGGGCUGUGUGCUGAGGCACUCUAUUCUUCUUCUUUACCUACAUCAUUGUUGUAUGACAUGCGAGGCUCACCUACUUAUAUGUUUGUUUCACACAUUCUACCUAUGAAAACUGAUGGCACCCUUUAUCAUCUACAAUGUCUAUAAAAUAAGCAGUUUAAGCACUGAAUACAACAGGAUAAAAAUUAAAACUGGAACUUUAUAAAUAAAAUAGGCCACUGAAUCGAACUCGCCUAAAAUAAUACUAAACGGUAAACAAGAUGAAAUGCUCCAUGAUGAAACUAUGGCAGGCAGCUAAUGAAGACAGAAGAAGAUGGGGCCUGCAAGCUGCCGACGACUGGCGAUAUCAGCAAACGACUGUCUCAUUUCCCCUUACUGGUGAAACCAGAGUGUCUACAUAAGGUUGAAGCAACCAGCCCGGAUUAAAAAAGUCUCAUGAACAUACCUAAUUCUCUUUUCAAUAGGAUAAUAUAGUCCCACUUUUGUGCAACUCGGACCUGAAGAACUCAGAAGUACUUCACCGGUUUGUGAAAUAGAUAAAAAUUUCGAACCAUAUUUACUGGAAGAGUCUGCAAUGAACCAAAGGGGCCCCACUGACGUGGCCAACUAUGAUCCACAUUUUUUGUUGACCGGUAAGUCUCUGUCAAUUGUAAGUUUUGUGCCGUGAUGGUAAAAUGAGGAGGGGUUUCUAGUAUUUUCGCUACGGAAAUAUCUCCGAACCCAGCUUAGCUUCCUAUUGAAGUCAUUUUGCCUUGCUAAUCUGUCAUUCAAGUUAUCUCUUCCCCUUAACGGAAGCUGAUUAAAAGCAGAGAGAGAGAGAGCAAACCAAUCCCUGCGCCAAUCAGCCUAAUUACCUCCGACUCCGACUCUGGGUCUCUCUCCUUCUUGCUAGCCGGAUGGAUUUUGAUUAUUGUUAUUCAGUUUGAUUUUGGUUGGAGUGGAGAAGAGAAGAUAUAUGGUUUGGCAGUUGUGUUGGUAAGUCGAUGACGGCAAUUUGUAGGCAGCAAUGGACACUUGGACCCCGAAAACCUCACCUCACCUCACCACCAGAGAGCAAUUUCGUCUAUACGGGAUGGUCCGGAAUCUCCAAAAUCUCCAAUAGCAAAGUCUCCAUCCCAGAACUCUCUUCGUUGCCAAAAGGAGGAAAAUGUUUGCUGAGUCCCAGGUUGGAAGGUCCAGUUUCCAUAAGCUUUUGAAGCCAAAGCCCCCACUCAGAGAUAUGCAAUUACUCCUUAUAGAAUUGUUCUUGGUAAUAUAAAAAGUGACAAGGUAUGUUUAUUUACUUUGAAUAUGUCAAGCAAGUUGUUAGCGGAUACAUAGCUAAGCUUGAUUGAUUUAUAUUUUUGGGAUGCUGGUUUGGGAUGAUACCACACCACCCUUUUUCUGGAACAGCUUGUUUAUUCUGACAAUGUUUGCUUGUUUAGAAGAUUCAUUGAAAGGGAAUGAUUAUACAGUCAUUUGUUUUUGUUAUGUUACUUAUGCAUGUGUCGUCACACCCCAAACUCGGCGGUGUGACUUAAGGGGUUCUCAAGUAAAAGAGAAAUUUAGAAAAAGACCAAACUUGACACAAUUGAAGUGUAACCUUAAGGCAGCAACAGUUCUGCUCAGGGGAUUUUGAAAAUUAACCAUUUGAACUCUUUCGUAACUAUGAUCUUGUGCUUUACACAUUGACUGACAUUACUUGAUAUUGUCAUUGAAGUAUUGGUUUUGGGUUUUCAAAUUCCGAUACAUACUGUUAUUACAAUAAGCUGACAAGAGUUCUGGGUAAUCAUGUCUAUUGCACUGGAACUAAUAAGUUUGACAAAGAGUAUAGUCCAGUAAAGACUUGACUUUAAAGUUUUAGAGUUAUGUGAAGCAUCCCUGAUGGUUAUUCACUUUUAUUUUCUUUGCUCCUCAGAUAUGUUUCCAAAUGAUACCAAACUUAGUGAGAAUGCUUGUCCUCUUUAAAUUGAGACA